AUGGCGCCAUACAAAGGAACUAGUAAUAAGACGGAAGAUGUAACUAAAGUGGAAGAUACUGCCAAAUCGCACUGUGCGAGUAAUGUCCAUUUAAAUUUGCAUGUUAACAAGGUCGUUGUACAUCCACUAGUACUCCUUUCUGUAGUUGAUCAUUUUUAUCGCGUGAGCAAGACUCAAAAUGCAAAACGUGUAGUUGGCGUACUCCUAGGCAGUUUAAAAGCAAACAAGACGCUAGAUAUUGCUAACUGCUUUGCAGUGCCUUUUGAUGAAGACGAAAAGGACAAGAAAACUUGGUUUCUUGAUAUGGAUUAUCUCGAAAGCAUGUACAACAUGUUUCACAAAGUAGCAGCUCGUGAAAAAAUUGUUGGAUGGUAUCACACAGGUCCAAAACUUUGUCAAAAUGACAUUGUAAUUAACGAACAGCUAAAACGUCUCACAUGUAAUCCCGUUCUUGUGGUCAUACAGGCGGAACCAAAUGACUUAGGUUUGCCUACGGAAGCAUAUGUUGAAGUGCAGGAAGUCCACGAUGAUGGUACACCGCCAAUCAAGACCUUUGAACAUGUUCCUAGUGAAAUUGGUGCUGAAGAAGCAGAGGAAGUUGGUGUUGAGCAUCUCCUAAGAGAUAUUAAAGAUCAGACGGCAGGAACUCUUUCUCAAAGAAUCACUGAUCAACUAAUGGGAUUACGAGGUUUACAUGGGCAGUUGCGUGAUUUACAGCGUUAUUUGCAUGAAGUAGCAGAGGGUAAACUGCCUAUCAAUCAUGCCGUUAUCUAUUAUAUUCAGGAAGUUUUAAAUCUCUUACCGGAUGUAACAUCCCCUCAUUUUGUCGAAGCACAUAAUGUUCAGACGAAUGAUCAGUUAAUGUGCGUAUAUAUGGGAUCUCUUGUACGAACAGUUAUUGCUUUACACAAUCUUAUCGACAAUAAGCUCGCUUUGCAAAAAAAUGAGAAGGAUAAGGAAAAAGUUGACAGUGCAAAUAAGAAAGAGGAAAACAAAGAAGUUAAAGAGAACAAAAGUGAGAAGAAGGAUAAAAUCAAGGAGAAGGAAACCAAAAAAUGA